AUGGGUAACAAUGAGACCUUCGAUAUCAAUGACAACCCGUCCCCAUUACUGGGCCCUCAACAGGAUCCUCUGUUGUUCCCGAGCCUCGACAAUUUCGGUCAAUUCUCCUUGAGUGAGAGCCACCCUCACAGAAGCCCUGGCCAAAGUCCGCACAUCUCGCCGCGCCUGAUGCCUCAGCCCACUCCGCCUACUUUCACAAACUCCAACGACUUCGGCCUGAGUCAGGCUAUGAAACCGCCAUUUGGCAGUCAGACUGGCGGGUUGGACUUAUUCCCCGGUUCGGGCCAAGAGGCGUUCCCACAACUGACAAAGCACAAUGGAUCGAUAGACCUAGGUCAAGCCGAUCAAAUGUCACCACCGGAAAUCAGCAUUGACUUCGCGCCCCCAUCGCGGCAACCCAGCUUCGAGCCACCCAAAGAGCCAGCCCGCGAGAAUGCACUGAGUCCGCCGGAGAGAAGUCGCAGCCGCAACCGCAUGCGCGCAAAGUCCGACCCCUUCAUCCCCUCUCGUCCCUCCACCCCCGGCUCCGACCCCUCUAACACGCUCUCCCCCAACGCCGCAAAGCAUACCUCGCGCUCGCCCUCGCCCUCCUCAAAGGGCUCUCGCCGAUCUUCGACCUCCAGCAUCCCGCACCGCGACUACAUCCUCGACCUCGCGGCCUCGCGUCCCGCCUCCAGCGCUUCAGGCGACCCCUCCGCAUCCCCGAACCGCCGCAGCCAGAAACACCCUGCAACCUUCCAAUGCACCCUCUGCCCGAAGCGCUUCACGCGCGCCUAUAACCUACGCUCCCACCUCCGCACCCACACAGACGAGAGGCCUUUCGUUUGCAAUGUCUGCGGCAAGGCGUUCGCGCGCCAGCACGACCGUAAGCGCCACGAGGGCUUGCACUCGGGCGAGAAGAAGUUUGUGUGCAGAGGGCAGCUCAAGGACGGGAAUAGUUGGGGCUGUGGGCGCCGGUUUGCGCGCGCGGAUGCGCUGGGCCGCCAUUUCAGGUCCGAGGCUGGGCGCGUGUGUAUACGCCCGCUACUGGACGAGGAGGCGCGGGAUAAGGGGUGGGAGUUGGGAGAGCAGCAGCAGAUGCAGCAGCAGCAGCAGCAAGCCGGCAUGGACACGGAUAUGCUUGGCGCUGGCCAAAUCGCCCAGCCGCAGGGCGGGUUGGGCAUGCAGAUGUCGCAGGACCCCCAGCAGGCGGGCUUCGGCGCGCCGUUUCAGCAGUCCUCGGCGUCGUAUGCGGGGACUGCGGGUCCGGUUUAUGGGCUACCGGCCGCGCUGCUGGCGCAGUACCCCGCGCUCGCGGGGCUCCAGUGGGAUGCGCUGGGGGGCGAUGAGGGUGACGAUGGGGGCAGGAGCAGUUUUGAUGCGAGCAGUGGCGGGGAGAGGUGGGACGAUGAGGAGGACUUUGGCGCUGGUGGACAGCCGUUGGGGUACACGAGUGAUUAUGGGUACUGA